CACACCAAGUAGUACUCAUAAUACUAGAUCCCAAGGUUGAUCUGUUCAUGGAUCGGGUAUUUCCCUAGGACAGUGAUUCCUUGGUUUUGACGAAAGCAUCUUUUAAAUGUAUAAUUAACCGGUUUAAUUAUAUGCGUGACCAGUAUCAUUAAAUUGUGCUCUAUUUGAUUUUGAAUAAUCAGCUUAAUGUAUGUUGAACUCGAAGCCAUUGAUGCCAUCAAUAGACAUCUCAUCUGAUACCAAUCCUGAAAGGCACCUCAACUCACUCAACUAAACGAUAUUAUUCAACCUUCAGGAUGGAAUGGAAAAUUUUCACAGUUACUCGGAAAACAAUCAAAUCUUGGAUUUGGUCUGAUUUAAGCAUUGACCUGCAGUUGCAGUUGAAUGAGUAUUAAUUCAUGUUGAGGUUGUUUAUUGUUUUAAUAGUUUAUUAAAAAAUAAAUUGGUCUACGAGUGAAUUAUAAAAGUGUAUUUAUGGUUGACUGUUGGACAUUCAAAGACUGGUUAUCAAGUUAACUCUGAUUGAGAUGACCAGAAGAUCGGUGGUAAUUACUGAAAGUAUUCAAAAUCUAUCAUUACCAAACGUUUCUCAAGCUGAUGGAAUCAACAUUAACCUUCAUGAUAACAUCAUUCAGGAUAACCUUUCAUACUCUCUAUUUUCAACCAGUAUAAUCAUUCAAAUCGUCCGCAAUCAAAGCUCAAUCGAACCGGCGAAACAUAUCCUAAAUUAUUUUAUUUCAUCUUAAAUAUUAUCACACAUUGACCAAGUCAGACAGCACCAAUUGAAUUGUGUGAUCUACCAAACAUGCAACAAGUAAGAAAAGAAUGAACAAGACUCAAUCAAGGUUACUAUCAAGGUUUAGGAAUCACUUACAAUCUACAACCUGGUCAAAUGAAAUGGUUAAAUUAUAUCACAAAAUCACCGUCAACUGAGAAGGACGUUCAUUAGGCUGACAAGACGAGAGAUCAAAACAUCGAAUCGCACAAAUCAUCGGAAUGAAGGUUAAUAUUUGGUGAAACUCCGGAAUGCAAAUCACAUUGAAUUACCUUAAAAAUGGCUUGAUUCAAGCUCUCUCGACUUGGACCAUUACCAGAUAAACAGUAUCAUGUUAACACCGAUUUCAAUACUGACCAAGUCAUCGUCAUUUCAUCAUGGUUAUUAAUAUUUGGCUUAUCCUGAGGCCAACCAUUUUUUCGAGCGACCGGUUAAAGGGAAACUCAAAAUCAAGUUAAGGCCUCAUGAUAAGAAACUGGAAAAUUACUGAAAAAAUUACCCCUGAAAAUAUCGCAACAUUCAAUCUUAAAGCCCAAAAAUCAACUUAUUGGCUAUGAAUUUUAACAUCAACGUUGACUCCAAUGAUGGAACCCAGUUUUUUAAUGAAAACCAAAUCUAUUACCGUAAUAAUUACUGUAAUUUGCUUGAGUCAAUCUACGUCAGCAUGUAUUGUUAAUCAGAUGACGAAGGUCAACGAUGAAGUUGAUGUCCAUAAGAGCAAAAGACGGCAAAGAUGAAAACAAGUUUAUACAAAUGGUUUAAUUUCAAUGUCGACGUAAAAUUAUGCUUGAUUGUUGAAAGUGAAAGUGGACGUAAAAAUGAAAAGGAGGAAUCAAGAAUUGUUUGGCUGAUGGUGCAAAAACGGGGAAAAUGUUGCCUUCAAGAGGAGGUCUUAAGUUCGCAAAAUUAAUACGCUAUCGUUUAUGGAAAUGGGCUUACUUAUCAACUCACCUUUUUGAUUCAAUUUUUUGGGUAUCAAGUGAAUCUCUCUAUAACAAUUGCUGAUAUAAAAAACAACAACAAAAGACAGCAACCAGGAUCAAUAAAUCAAGCAAAGGAAAAGGUCAAAAAGCGAAAGUGAAUCUCAAUAACUGACAAAAAGAGGAAAAGCUUAAUAUAAACCAAUCAAUAUGUUGAUUUGUGCAACGGCAACCGCAGCGACAACAAUUAAUGCUAGUAAAUCUUUUAUGGACACAACAUUUUAUUAUUUUCAUGAUUUUUGGGAAGAGAAAGGUGAUCCUCGAGUUUCAAGUUUACCCUUAAUGUAUGGUGGACCAUGGAAGGUAUUAUUGAUAAGCUUCUUGUAUUGGUAUUUUGUCCGUAUAUUGGGUCCAGCAUUGAUGAAAGGACGUGAACCAUUUGAUCUUCGUUCAGUAAUGCUUCUCCAUAAUAGUUUCCUAAUUGGUGUCAAUGGAGUUGGUUUCUUUGUUGCUCUAUGGGUUACCGAUAUGUUCAAGGAAACCUGGAAUUGUGGUCCAGUUGAUCCAAAUACAUCAAACCUUAAGGACAAUUUAACCGUUUAUCUUGGUUAUAUUUACUUUUUAACCAAAAUAGUUGAUUUUGGUGAUACAAUUUUCUUUGUAUUGAGAAAACGUUUCCAUCAAGCAUCAUUUUUACACGUUUUCCACCAUGGUGUUAUGCCUAUUGUUGGAUUUGUUGGAUUGAAAUUCCAUCCUGGUGGUUAUUCAGGAUUUUUACCAACAAUUAAUAUCCUUAUCCAUGCAAUUAUGUAUGCUUAUUAUGCAUUAGCUUGUGCUGGUCCAGAGAUGAAAAAGUAUCUUUGGUGGAAGAAACACAUUACUCAACUUCAAAUGGUACAAUUUGUAUUAACCUUUUUCCAUGCAUUUAAUGCAAUAGUUAAUCCUAAUUGUCAUUGGCCAUUAGUUUUAGCCUAUUUGGAGGCAUUACAUGCUGUACUUUUCUUCUUCUUAUUUGCAUCAUUUUAUCAAAAAGCUUACGGAUCUUCUUCUGCUUCAUCAACAUCAUCACCAUCAGUUUCAUCGACAUCUAAAAAGGCUGUUGGAAACAACAACAAAACUGAUUAAUUUCAAUUUCCAAUACAAUUAUACAAUUCAUCCAUUAUUUUUACCAUUCAAAUUUUGUCUCAAUUCAAUUUCAUUGUUCGCCAUAUCGAUGCUCAAUUUGUUUCAAUCGUAAAAAUAAUGAUGAACAAUAUUUAACCCUGUCUUUUUUUCGCUUCUAAUUUUCACCAUUAUCAAGUUUCGGGUGUCAAUCUCAUAUUAUCAAUGUUAUCAAGAAAACUCAAAUUGCUAUUAAUUUAUUUAUUCAUUGUUGAAUAAGCAAUUUGGUUAACCUUUAAGAAUUGUGAUCAAACCAUAUUUUCUGACAAUUGUCUACCUAUUUCUAUUGCUUAAAAUCUAGCUGAGAGUUGACCAGACGUCAAAGUAAAUAAAAUAGAUACAUUUUAAACGAAAUUUGAA